UAUUUCUUUAAGUGUCAUGGUCUUUGGGAUGAGGACAAGGUGAUCGACAAUGCCACCCACAAGGAUGAAUCAGAUGAUGAGAUUUCAGAAGCUUCUGGAAGAAGGGAUUCUGUUGGAUCACUGAAAUCAGUCAAUCUCGCAGCCUCUGCAGAGUCUAUCCACGUUCACUUCCCAGAAGAGAAGACAUUUGUAAGAAGAACUAGUUCUGGCAGUGGAUCCCAAAUUUCUCGCAGGUCCAGUAACUCCUCACACAACAGAUCCAAGAGAGGUAGCACCAGCACACGAAACAGCAGCCAGAAAGGUAGUAGCAUACUAAGUGUGAAACAAAAAUCCAGAAAAGAAUUGCUUAUGGAAAAACUUCGAGAGCAACUCAUCAAAGCAAAAGCAUUUACUAUUAAGACAAUCCUUCAAAUAUACUUGCCAAUCCGACAGUUCUUCUACAAUCUCAUUCAUCCAGACUACAGUGCUGUGACAGAUGUCUAUGUGUUAAUGUUUCUGGCAGACACAGUAGACUUCAUCAUUAUUGUGUUUGGCUUCUGGGCAUUUGGAAAACAUUCAGCGGCAGCAGACAUCACUUCAUCAUUGUCAGAAGACCAGGUUCCGGAGGCAUUUUUAGUGAUGGUGUUGAUCCAGUUUGGUACCAUGGUUGUGGAUCGCGCACUCUAUCUUAGAAAAACUGUCAUGGGAAAAGUAAUUUUCCAAGUCAUCUUGGUAUUUGGAAUACAUUUUUGGAUGUUUUUCAUUCUGCCAGGCGUAACAGAAAGGAAGUUCAGCCAGAAUACUGUUGCCCAACUGUGGUAUUUUGUGAAGUGUAUCUACUUUGGACUUUCUGCAUAUCAGAUUCGUUGUGGAUAUCCUACACGUGUGCUUGGUAAC